AUGCGGCAGCGUGUGGCAUCCCACAUUGAGAAUAUGGAGAUGGAUAACUCGACAGUGACGCCCUGGACGCGAAUAUUGCCAAUUCUCUUCGGCUCUACCGCCCAAGAAAGCCAGAUGCCGGACCUUGGGUCAUUUUUGCGUUAUGCCGAGCAUUGUCUAGGCUCGACGCAUGCCGCACAUUUUCAACCACUCCUUCAGGCCGCUGAGCUGAGCGGAACCGGCGAUUCCGUGUCAGGAAGCCUGGUGGAUUUUAUCAUUCUCAUGGUUAAGAGCCUUCAAAGCCUUCUCAAUACUAGGAGCCCUCCAAGCUUUGCCAUUCCGAGACCGACAUUCGACAAGGCGGUUGACCACAUACUCACAGCGGCGGGUAUCGCUACCGAAAAACAGCGGACUCUCCGAGACCCUGCGCAGCAGGCCCUCUUUGCAACUAUCGGCGUUUUCUCCACGUUGUACGAACCUGCCGUCGGAGUGUACGCAGAUUUCUAUUUUGUCCAGCAGAAUUCGGCUAGGCCGGUGCCGGUCGGCCCGUAUUUUAACUACAGUCCACUCUCGGAGCUGUUCUGGGAACUUGAGAUGUUUCAGCACCUAGAAGCCGUUACACCCCGUUACCUCGCGCCACGUUGUCGUCACGCCACACGUAAUACUGCGGAUCUGCUUUCUCUACCCAAAAUCUCGCUUUCGGCCCUGCUGGCCACGUGCAAGAUCUCCGUGCACUGGACGAACUCGCUCGAUGAGCAUCUCGUCUUGAACCAGGACACUAGGACCAUUACGCUUUUCCGCUACCCGUCGUUCUGCGCCGCUACUUGGAUGGCGGGAGAUGGGAAUUUUCUUGCAAGCAUGAUAUCCUGGCAUUUUGUAUAUACCGUAGGUAACGUGUUUAUGUCUUCCGAACUCCCCUUCCUCGGCAACCGCCUUCUAAAUCUCCAGAUGUUUGGGGAGCGGCACAAGCCCAUGAAGCUCUUUGACUUGUACAGAGACCGAAGGGAGACAGAAAAGUAUUAUACGUUCUGGGCAGUCAUAUGGAUUGGUGGUGCCUCGCUGCUUCUGAGCGUCGUACAAGUCGCCCUAGCCAUUAUGCAAGUUCCGCAAUACUGCCACAGAACGUCCCCGCCUCGCGUAUCCUCCAUGGGUGGCUCGAAGCAAAGGUAUGGCCGAGAGCAUGACAAUGUGCCUUUGGCAGCCUUCCCGGGCAAGAUUGGUCUCGGGCGCGGCGUAUCCUCGAAGACUUGUAGGUGGGGAGACGCCAUGCCCUCCGUUCCGACGCCCCCGACGGGGACCCAGCCUACCAACGCGGGCAUCAUCACCGACGUCGUCAGCGGCGAGCGCCACAUUCCCUCGUCGACCCGCGCGGACGGCAGCACGAGGAAAGCCAUCAAGAUCCGACCGGGCUACCGCCCGCCCGAGGACAUUGAACUCUACAAGAACCGCACCGCCGAGGCCUUUCGCGACAGGGCCAAGACCGUGGGCAUCCCGGGCGCCGCGGUCGCCGAGGAGGCCGACGAGAGCGCCAAGGCCGGGGCUUCGUCCGCGACGAGUAACAAGAAUGCGAAGCGCCGCGAGGCGAGGAAGAAGGCCAAGGCCGUCGGGGCCGACGAGAGCGGCGUAGCUGCUGGCGACGCCAAGGCGGCGCAACCCGCGGCCAAGGAGGACGCAAAGCCCGCGAAGACGGAGGAGGCGGAGGCGGACCCGGAAGUGGAGAGGCAAAAGAAGGCGCGCAAUCUGAAGAAGAAGCUGAAGCAGGCAAAGGACCUCAAGAACAAGAAGGAAGGGGGCGAGACGCUGCUGCCGGAGCAGAUUGCCAAGGUGAUCAAGAUCAACGAACUGAUCCGCGAGCUUGAUGCGCUGGGCUUCGAUGCGGAAGGGGAGCCAAAGGAGGAAGCGAGCCCGGCCUCGAACGCAAAAAGGAUUCAUAAAAUCAAGUACCGAGAGUCUCGAAUAGACGCCGUCGCCUUUAACAAGAUGGGGCGAGAAGAGCAGGUUGAGGAGAGGGAGGUCCUCGAGUCCAUCUUCCCCGAAGAGAUCACAGGCGCCGCACCUCGACCUCAUGUCCGCCCCCAACGCCGCCUCCCACCCCAACUUCUCCUCUCCGAGGACCGCGACGUCCUCCUCGAAGCCCUCAACACCGCUGCCGAGGAGAACCUCGGCAUGGCCAUGGUCUUUGCCCUCGUCUCCACCGUGAAAGAAGCCGCCGAGCAGCUCAUCGCCGACCGCGAGGCCGCCGUCGAAAAGGUGCGCGAAGAGGCCGCCCGCGCCGCGGAGCAGGAGGAGAAUAAGAAAUUUCACGGCACGUCUGUGACGCCCGAGUCGUUUAUGAAGUGGCGCGAGGGCUUCUUGCGCGAGAUGGAGGAGCAGAGGCUCAAGGAGGAGGAGGAACGGCUCGCGGAGCUCAAGAAGGCGAGGGUUAAGGAGCCUGGGGUGGAGAAGCUCAAGGUGGAAGCAGCGUGA